AUGCAGAGAGCAUGUGAAAUGGUAGUAUCGUUAUUACGAACUGAUGCUAUGACUCAAAAAUGUCCAUUUCAUGUAUUAAAUGUUCAAAUUCUUGAAUUAUUACAAAAGGAGGGUCUCAUUAGAGGGUUUGCAAUUAAGGGAACAAAAAUAGAUAUACUACUAAAGCAUUACAAGGGCGCACCGGUUAUAAGGAAUAUUCGAGUUGUAUCAAAACCAAGUAGAGAUAUAUGGCUAACACCACAUGAACUCAAAUUUCGUACACGAUUCAAUACAGGAUUAUGGGUAAUGCAAACUAGUUGUGGUGUAAUAAGUCACAGAGAUUGCAUACGAAUGGGUAUUGGGGGUAAAAUGCUAUUUGCAGUUAAUAAUGGAUAUCAGCAUUUUUGUUAG